AUGGGAUUAUUUAAAACACUUGAUACAAUUGUUCAUGGGGGAAUACAGCAACCAGAUUCAUAUGAUAGGAAAAAGAAUUAUAAAUUCUCAGAAAUUUUAGGUAGUGGAUCAUUUGGUUCAGUAAAGAAAGCAAUAAGAAUAAAUGAUGGUAAAGAAGUGGCUAUUAAAGUUAUACCAAAAAAGAAUGUAAAGAAUCAUUUUGAUAUGGUAAAAGAUGAAGUAGCCGUACUUCAAGCUUUACAUCAUCCAAAUGUGAUUGGAUUUUAUGAUUAUUUUGAGUCAAGUGCUACAGGUGGUGAAUUAUUUGAAAGACUAUUUGAAAGAGGAAAAUUCACGGAAAAGGAUGCAGUUUUAGUUAUUAAAUCCGUCUUAACUGGAUUAGAAUAUUUACAUAAAAACAAUAUUGUUCACAGAGAUAUGAAACCAGAGAAUUUGUUAUUUAAAACACCUGAAUCAAAUGCUGAUUUAGUUAUUUGCGAUUUUGGGAUUGCAAAGUUUAAUUCUCAAACAACUGCACUAGAAACAGUAUGUGGUUCACCUGGUUAUGUUGCACCUGAAGUUUUAUUACAAAAAGGUUAUGGCUCUGCUAUUGAUAUGUGGGCUGUUGGAGUAAUUACAUAUACACUUCUUUGUGGAUAUCAGCCAUUCCAAGCAGAAGAUCAGGUUGAAUUAAUCGAUGAAAUUACUCAUGCUAGAUAUGAUUUUCAUGAAAGAUAUUGGAGAAAUAUCUCUAUUGAUGCAAAGAAUUUUAUUAGAGCUCUUUUAGUAUUAGAUGAUAAAAAGAGAUUGACUGCAACAGAAGCUUUAAACCAUAAAUGGAUGACAAGUAAUGAUAUAAAUGAAAUUGAUAUUCUUAGUACUGUACGUGAAAAUUUCAAUCCACGUAAAGCAUUAAAGAGCGCUAUCGGUGCCGUCCUUGCAAUAAAUAAAAUAAGGACAAAUACAGGUGAUUUAAAUUCUGUAGUAUUAUCGAAAAAUGAAGAAAAUAAUCAAGAGAAAGAUUCAACCCCUAUUAUUGCUAUACCUGCUCAAUAA